UCUUCAACGUGUUCUGAACGCUCACAAACACACCAAACAAGCAUUUUCUUGUUGCCACUUCGCCAGCGCGCACGUGUUAAAUUCCGCAGCGAACGCAUUCUUUUAACAUCAGCACGAUGACCGAAACUGACGUACAAGCGCCCGCCGUGGAGGAGACGAAGCCGGAGGGCAACGAGGAAAACGCCACGGCCACCGUAAGCACCACCGAGGCGGCAAUCAUCCGCCAGCUGGAGUACUACUUCGGCGAUGCCAACCUGGCGAAGGAUAAGUUCAUGAAGGACCAGAUCGCAAAAGACGAAGGAUGGGUGCCGCUCGAUGUGCUGCUCACGUUCAAGCGGCUCAAGUCGCUCAGCGAAGACAAGAAGGUAAUUGUGGACGCAAUCGCCAAAUCGGACGAGGGGCUGGUCGAGGUGAGCGAGGAUCGGGAAAAGUUGCGCCGCCAUCCGGAACGCCCCCUGCCGGAGAUGAACGAGGAGCGGCGGCAGGAAAUCUACGCCCGCACCGUGUACGUGAAGGGGUUCGCACCGCAGAACGGCACGACCAUGAGCGAGCUGGUCGAGUUUUUCGAACCCUUCACCAAAGUGACCAACAUCGUGAUGCGCAAGUACCACGACAAGCCGACGAAGAAGUAUCUGUUUAAGGGCAGCGUGUUCGUGACGUUCGCGGAGAAGGAGCAGUGCGAGAAGUUCCUGGCCCAGGGGCCGCUCAAGUACAAGGGCAAGGAGCUGAUUUGCAAGAUGCAGAACGAUUACUACGAGGCGAAGAAGGUGGAGAUUAAGGAGCGGGCGGAAAAGAUCGAGGAGCGCAAGCGCAAGAAGGAGGAGGGCAACAAUGCGCUGCUCGCGCAGCUGCCAACCGGGGCCUGCGUGUUCAUGGAGGGGCUGGGCAAGGAGACGACCCGCGAAUCGAUCAAGGAAGCGAUCCGUGCGCUCGACGAAACGCUCGAGUUUGCGUACAUCGACUACCAGAAGGGUGAUGCGAGCGGGUACGUGCGCUUUAACAAGCAGGACGCGGGCAAGCAGCUACUCGAGAAGCUAACGGACAAAAAGUUGAAAAUUGAUGAUGCAGAGGUAACGGCCGAACUGCUGGUGGACGAGAAGGAAACCGAAUACCUGAAGAAGAUUGCCGAGGAGCAGGCCAAGCGCAAGGUGAAUGCGAAGAACAAGGGUAGAGGAAACCGGGGCAACAACAACCGCAACCAUCACUCCGGUGGAAACAAUAAGCGCAAGCGGGACAGGAACGCCGAGCAGCAGGAGGACGGUGACGGUGGUGAACCACCGGUCAAGAAGGAUGCCACCGGGAAGGAGGCAACAAAACCGACGGCGGAAAGUGAAGCGAAGGCCGCGGCAGAGUAGAUUCGGCGCGAUACCUGUCGUGUGUGUGUGCGUGCGCUUCCUCACAUUGGACGGGGCGCGUUUUGGAGUGUAUGUAUAAGGACGUCUUUUUAUCUCUACUCGAUAAGCAUAUUUUCUAUGUACUAAUGUAAUUUUAAAGCGGAUUUCUCUCGCCCCGAUGGAAUGGCGAGGCGAGGUGUGUUACUAUAAUAGAGC